UUCCGAGGUCACCACGAGGUCCGUCACCACACGGUUGUGGGGCCCGAGUCAAGCGCAGCCUCCGUCGCGCUGGAGCGCCCUUCCGAAGCCGUUUUUUGCUCGGGCGGAUCUCGGCGUCCGGCUGGCACAGGGCCCACCCGACGUCGGGGCGGCACAGGCACAUCGGUCCCCAGGGCAGGCCACCAUGUGGGGCGAGGAGUCUCCAGAGGCCAGCAUGAGCAUGGCGGCCAUGAUGGCGAUGAUGUGCAAAGGCGGGAAGAAGGGCUGCAAGGGCAAGAAGGGCGGCGGCAAGGGCAAGGACGGCAAGGACGGCAAGGGGAAGGUGGCGAUGAGGAUCGCCUCGGGCGAGCCCGUCUUCAGCGGCCAGAUCAAGUCCUUCAACGUGGAGAAGAAGCAUGGGUACAUCGUGUGCGAGACGAUCGGCGCGCAGUGCGGCCAGGACGUGUACGCUUUCGAGGACGUGCUCAAGCGUGGCUUCGCCGGCCCCGGCGACACCGUGGCCUUCUUUGUGCACUGGUCCGCGAAGGGGCAGCCGCAGGCCUCCUCGCCGUUGCUGAGGAUCGGCGCCGCGGAGGGUUCUUGGGCGCUGAAGGGCACGUUCAAGCCCCCCAAGGAUACGUCGUCUGCUUUCGGCUUCAUCGAGUGCGCCGAGACAAAAGAGUUCUUCGGAAGGGACGUCUACGUCAACAAGGACCUCGCGCCGACCGUCACUCCAGGGGAGACCGUGAGGUUCAACGCCUACCUAAACAGGGACGGCAUGCCCAACGCCGUCACGAUGGAGGCUUGCGAUCCAACGUGGGAGCCCGAGCCCAGCGACCUGACCAACUCGGUGCAUCUGGAAGGCUUCAGCAAGGGCAGCCCCAAGGGCGGCGGCGGCAAGUGGGGGAAGGGCGGCGGCAAGGGCAAGAAGGGCAGCGGCUGGGAGGAGACCCCCUAUCAGGAGUUCGAGAUCGGCAUCCAGAUGGGCAUGCAGAUGGCCGCCAAGGGCAAGGCGAAGGGCAUGUCGGCCGCUGAGGCCCAGGCCGCCGCGGAGGCCGCCCUCGGCGUCGCCCUGCUGAGCGGCGGCGGUGGCAAGGGCUGGGGCGGCGGCUACGGCAAGUCCAAGGGCAAGGGCAAGAAGGGCGGCGGCGGCGGCGGGGGAGGCGGGGGCGCACCGCCAACUCCGACGGGGGAGGCGUUCACCGGCACCAUCAAGUCGUUCAACGAGGCUUACAACUACGGCUUCGUCGACUGCCCCGAGGUCAAGGAGGCCUACGGCAACGACGUUUUCCUGCACGGCAAGGAGCUUUCGGGCCAGGGCAUCGGGGACACCGUGUACUUCGAGCUCGGCGUCAGCGCCAAAGGCCAGCCCCAGGCCAUGAACGUUCAGUCCGUGGACGCGAACGGCAACCCGGUGCCCGCAGGUGAAAAGGCCGGCCAGCCCGCCGCCAAGAAGGCCAGGCUGAACCCGGGCCUGCAGAAGGGCGGAGCCGGCGGGAAGGGCGGAGCCGACGACGAGGCCAUCCUGAAUGCGAUUGCGGAGAGCAUGGGCGAGGGCGUCGCGGCGUCCUGGGACGCCUUUGGCGCUCAGGCCCAGGCGGGGUCCACGGCGGCGGCGCUGCUGGGAUCCGCCUGGUGACCCGCCGGCGCGGCGCAGGGCGCCAAUCUCCGCUUCGCCGGGGGUCUCUAGCUUGCUUCGAGGAAGACGUGUGCGCGGGUGGGUUGCCUCCGCUGCGUGCUCGCUGGGCUGGGCGUUGGACGCGGCCUUAUUGCUGAUGUGCUCCGGAACCUCUCCC